GAGAGAGAGAGAGAGAGAGAGAGAGAGAGAUCAGAAUUUGUGCGCACUCGUGGCGCAGAGACACUCGGUACCGUGAGAGAAAAAUAACUACGGAUACCACUGAAGCGGUCAGGGAUCUAUAGACACGAAAUCCUCAUCAGCAUCGCGUCGCGCGUCUCGUCUGUGACAGGAGCCCGUUUCCUUCGGUAGACGAUUAAUUUAUAUGGUCCGGCAUCUUGGCAGAGACUGGUUUAUAUGUAUGUAUAUGCAUUUUUAAGAUACACCUGCUGCUCUUUUAAUCUUUUUUUUGUCUGAUUAUUCGUCUAAUUAACUCAUCGAUCAAGGCUUCGUUGACAGUGGCAAUGGUAGCUCGCAUAUAAGCCUUCUUCUCGAGCUGAAGGACUGCAGUGGAGGACGGGUGUCCCUGGGAUACGUUUGGAUCCUUUUUUCUUAGCGUAGUAAGGACUCGAUCAGCAUCCACUUGUGUAACGUGAACACUGAACAUGGCCGUAUUUUAUUCUUGACACCUUAACACCACGGAGAAUAAUUUCUUCAGGCAUUUUUCCAAUCCGAGUUGGGAUCCACCAUCAUCCAGCUAUGAUGUAGACGCUCAAGUCCAUACGGUCGUCAUCACUGUUUAUUAUUGAGUAUUAAUUAGGAGCAACCCAGGGCCUUCUUGCGAUUUCUGUCAUCAAAAUGCCGGCUGGAAUGAAGCCUCUUGAAAAAUUCUUAAAGAAGCAGACCAAUGCACUCACUCGGGCGGGUGGAUUUGGGGAGAAGGCCACCGGCACCGGGGCAUCCAGGCGGCGGUCCAGUCUGUCCCGUGUGGUGCCGUUCUUCAGGGAGACGUCUCCCGAGAGCGGCCCGGCGAGGGAGGUGUUCAGCCCGGAGACCGAGGAAGCGCCGUGCUGGCCCUCUGCCACUGCGGACAUCAGGAGUCCGUCGCUGUCCAGUGAUGAGCAGAGCUCCGAGGCGAGUCUGGACACGAGCUGGACCCCGCUGCCCGCGGACACGCCAGACAAUCUAACGCUGGCGCUGCUGGAUAGUGUGGCAGGAAAGCGUUACGCCAACUGCACAGAAAUACUCCUGGAUGACUUCAUGCUGACGCACCCAAUCUUCUUGGCCCCAGACAAGUUCCAGCAGGUCUUGCUUCAGCAAUUCAGCUCAGAGGGUAAGCAGGGUGAGGGUUGGCCCGGCUGGGAUGGAGCUGAACGCAAACUUGCAGUUCUGACUGUGGCCUUCCGCUUUCUGGACACAUACAGAGACUUACUGCAGGAGGAGGGAGAUCGCUCCAACACUUUCCCAAAGGAGCUGUAUUUGUGCGCCGUUCAAGAGCUCAGCCGCUUUCCUGAACUGGUGGAGGACGUCCUGAAGCUUCAGCGCUGGAGUGAGAUAUUACACAGCCCAGCCGAGGAGGACAAGGAAAGUCGCAAGAAGCAAGUCCGCCCUCUCUUUCGACACUUCAGACGCAUCGACGCCUGCCUGCAGCCCCGAGAGGCUUUCCGUGGCUCGGACGAGAUCUUCUGCAGGGUUUACACACCAGAUCACUCAUACGUGACCAUUCGGAGCCGUCUCUCGUGCCGGGUCAAAGAGAUCUUGGCUCUGGUGAAAGAGAAACUCCAGUACAGCGAGGACCAGCCCACCCUACCCGCCAACCUCAUACUGGUGGCCGUCACCUCAUCUGGGGAGAAGGCUGUGUUCCGUCCCAGCGACGAGGCUGUUUUCACCACUCUGGGCGUCAACACCCACCUGUUCGCCUGCGAGCCCGCGGAGCUCGAGAGCUUGAUACCGCUCCCUGAGGAGAUCCACUGGUCACCGGGAGACAGCAAACUCCAUGACAUGAGCGCAGAGGAGGUGGCCAAUCAGCUGGUGGUGUUCGACUGGGAACUCUUCAGCUGUGUGCAUGAGGUGGAGUUUGUGUGUUACGUGUUUCACGGGGAGCAGGCUCGCUGGCGCCCCCUCAACCUGGAGCUGAUCCUGCAGCGAUGCAGUGAAGUGCAGCACUGGGUCGCCACAGAGAUCCUGCAGUGCCAGUCGCUCCCAAAGAGGAUACAGCUACUGCGCAAGUUCAUCAAGAUCGCAGCCUUAUGUAAACAGCAGCAGGAUCUGCUGUCGUUCCUGGCGCUGGUUCUGGGACUUGACAACCCUGCAGUCAGCCGCCUACGUCUGACCUGGGAAGGUUUGCCAGGAAAGUUCCGGAAGCAGUUUCAGCAGUUUGAGAGCAUUGCAGACCCUUCGAGGAACCACAAGUCAUACAGACACCUUCUAGCAAGCCUGAGAGCCCCACUCAUACCCUUCACUCCACUGCUGCUAAAGGAUCUAACCUUCCUCCAUGAGAGCUGUAAGACUUUCCACGGGGAGCUGGUUAAUUUUGAAAAGAUGCACAAAGUGGCUGAGAUGGUGCGAAGCAUCAGACGGUAUAGGAGCACUCAGCUAGCAAUGGAAGCCGAGCCGUCCCCCUCGCACCUCCAGACAAAAGCAUAUGUUCGGCAACUGCAGGUGAUCGACAAUCAGAACCUGCUUUUUGAGAUGUCCAGCAAGAUGGAGCCAAAAGACAUGUGAAGGGACCGAGCGUACCUACAAGCCAUAGUUCCCACCAAUAAACCCACACACCCAACUCUUCAUUCACCAUUGUCACAGAUCAACCCAGCUGGGCUGUCAAUCAUCUCAGGCUCCGCCUACAAAUCAUCAAACGAGGAAGUUUGUUAAUGAAAAUGGUGUGAAUAGUGCUUUGAGUGAGUCUGUGUCAAUGUUAAUUAUGACCACGCAUAGUGGUCUGGAUUCAUUUCUAUUUUUAAUUUUUUUCUGGCUGUUCAUGACUGAAGGGAAACCUGUUCUGAUUGCACUGCCAUCAGUUGAACUGAACCAAAAUGGAAUAAGCUUAAUCUGUACAACCUGUCAUCCGGGCCUUCAGAAACACAGACUGCAUUUUGGCCAUUCAUGACCCCUAAAAUACACGAGACAAUCUGACCUCUUGAACUCUGAAAUUUGGUCAACAUUGGCACUUACUGCAACCCUGUGCUGCAGUCAUUUGAUGUUAGUGUUCUGAACAAUAUGGAUCCCCAGCCAUCAAAAAUGAGUCCCGAAUCCAAGACAAGAUCCAUCGUACAGCAUCGUCUAUAAUAAACCUGAGUAAUGUAAAUGAUGAAGUCAGAAUAUAUAUCAUUUAUAUAUAACAUAUAUAUAUAUACAAUUUAAUUAAACUGGUCUUGUUUUAAGGAUGUUUAGAUAGAAAAACAAGACUAAUUAUUUUUUGCAGCUUUGAAGCCAAAUUAAACUUUGCUGUUAAUUUAUUAAAGAUUAGUUACAGAGCAAAAAAACUGACCAGAUGCAGUAUUUUGUAAUGCAGUUUUCCCUUGUGUUAAGGUGAAAGGGCCUGGUGUGAAGUUAAUUCUCAUAAUAAAUGCAAAAGUGUUUAUUUGCACCCAAGUUUUUCCUCCAUAACUAUCCCAAGCUAAAAACGGGCUCUGUACGGGACGACUUGUCUUGGAUCGGACUCUCUCAGGAUCUCCUCCUGAGGUCAUACAAGGGACUGCACUGUACAUAUGUCAUGUAAAUAGCAAAAAUAAAUAUGAAUAUGACUCUAUUUUAUGUAAGAGCUAUGAGAUGGACUCUCAAGAUGAAUAUCUGUUUUGUAAAUCUAAGAAAAAAACAUACGUGUACAGUUUAAAAGGCGACGUCCCAGACAGAGUCUGUGGUUUGCGAUGAAAGAAUUGUAUAGCAUAUUCACUGGUUUUUGUUGUUUCGGUUUGAUAUUAUUUCUUAUCCAUUACAGAUGACUUGUACAUAUCCUCUGUUUUGGUUGCAUAUUUUUUUUUUGCAUUGUCUCCAAUGGCUGAAUUGUACAGCAUGUAGGUGGUUUAGUUGGAUUUUGCAGUUUUAAUUUGGUCAAAGUUUCUCAUUUGUUUCUGGUUGAUCUUUUUAAAGCGGGUAUUCUCUUCUCGUUUUUUGGUUUUGUACAGAAGUCCGUGUUUACAGUGCGAUUAUCUGAAAUGCAGACAUGUCCAGUGAAAGACACUUUUUUCUUGACAUGAGUCAAAGAUGCAUCUAAAAUAAAGCCUCUUGUGAUGAGCUCUCCAGAC